GCACAGAAUCCACAGGUCUCUUUUGCCUUUGGAUUGACCAAUUCACUGCUUUACACCGGAAAUGCUGCGGAAUUUGGCGCUGAUGUUGGUGGUGGUGUGCGGAUGCCGGGCCCUCAGUACGGUACAGACGUUGGCGGGGGACAAGAGCUUCAGCACCCUCGUAUCCCUGGUAACGCAGGCCGGGCUCGUGGAUACGCUCAAUGGAGGAACGUUCACAAUUUUCGCCCCCAACAAUGCUGCGUUUGCCGCACUUCCGGCCGCCACGUUACAGGCGGUACAGAACGACGCCGCUCUCCUCAAGAGUGUCCUUCUCUACCACGUGGUGGCAAACCGAGUACUGAGGGCAUCGUUGAACAACGAACACAAAGAGACCUCUGCGCAGGGAAAGCCCAUCAGAUUUAACCACUAUAAUCACAACCACGUCCGAACUGCCGAAGGUAUUAAAAUACUCGCAUUCGACAAGAUCUGCGAUAAUGGGGUCAUCCACACUCUCGCCGGCGUCAUGAUGCCACCAGAGGGCGACAUUGUCAAUAUCGUGUCCAAUCACAACGAGACCAGCACGCUGUUGUCACUGGCUGUCGCCGCCGGCAUCGCAGGCGCACUGCAAGGGGAUGGUCUAACGCUAUUUGCCCCCACCAAUGACGCUUUCGCCAAAAUCCCGGCAGCCACUGUGGCUCAACUCACCGGAAACAUCCCUCUUCUCACGGAGGUGUUAAAGUAUCACGUGAUCCCACACACUGAGUUUUCUGUGGGCCUGUGGGAUGGACAGAUGCUGCGAACUCUGGACGGGACAUCUAUCACCGUACACGCAAGAAACGGCGUGACCUUGAACUCAGGAUCCCAAGUGACUAAGGCUGAUAUCGGCGCCACCAACGGAGUAGUACAUUACAUCGACACCGUCCUCAUUCCGACACGUCACGCGAGCAUUUUCGGAUAGAUGACGUCAUCCACCAC